GGCAAACGGGAAUCCAAACAGAAAUCCUUGAGGUGUCUUCAGGAUGAAUAUAAUAUUCAGAGUCACCGAGUGCUUCUCUUCCUCCUCCGGUCUCACCUCCCUCGGCUCGCAGCAUUCCCCACAGCUGGUGCUGGAAACCGCGAACUGCUCGCUAGUGCGGGCGGGGGCGGCCGAGGGGCCGAAGCCGGAGGCGGUGGAGAUGAGGCGAGUCUGAGCAACCAGCGCAGCGCCGGCGCCGAGCUCAGCCUGGAACACAGUCUUCCCGGACCUGUCAAGUCAGACCUCACGUGCACACCAGGAGAUCUAAGCAAGGCAACCUAACCAGCCGCGGCCUCCGAGCGCUGCGCAGAUGUGCCGGGAGCGGAAGGAGGUCGAAACCAGAGGGAGGGAGGAGAAAAUAGAGGGUGAGUGACAAUCAGACCUGAAUGAGAAUGAACGGGAGCAGAUGAUGUGGCCCCCUCGCCCUGGGCACCCCCCGCCACGUGCUCACGUCCCCAGCGACCAUUCCCGGGGAGGCCUCUGAAGCCGCCGCAGGAAAAGACGACGGAGGAAAUACAGAGCCUCAAGUUGGAGAGAACUCAGACCCGGCUACCACUUCCCCUGCUUUCUGAACUUUUCCUCUUGGUCUCCUGGGCUGGAGUGAGUCUUACCACCACCCCCGCCCCUGGCCGCGGUUCGUUCCCCUCACAGUCAUCCUGUCCUCCUCCCCCACUCUAGACCUCCUACCUCUCCCUCCCCGCCCGCUCCACCCCCUCGGUAGCGAAGCAUUGAAUCCGUACACCUCCCAGGCAGGGAAUCUCCAGCAUAAACUUAGUAGGGGUCGGGGCGGGGGGGGGGGGGCGUGAGUCCGGGAAGGGUUUCGGCGCCCGGUAGGGUGCCCCGGGACUGUCCCCGCCUAGACCGCGUCUGAGCUUCCCCCCACCCCCGGCGCGAUCCUUCAGCCCCGGCGCCCCGGCCCACGAGCGCUGAGAUCCCGCACUCGCCGCGCCCUAGCGGCCACAGGCGGAACCAGCACAGGGGGUGGAGAGUGGAAGGGUGCGCGGGCGGGAGGCACCCCCCUCGGGAGUCAGGGAAAUCCCGGCUGCCACCAGGGGCCGUGCCACCACCCUCGCCGGACCGAGGCUUCCGGCGCGCCCCCCAACUUUGUGGCGCCCUCACACAGCGGCGGCGGGGAUGGAGCUGCCUCCCCGAGGGCGGGCGCCGCCGGACUCGCCGCUGGACAGCUGCUCCCUGACCUCGCUGGACUCCAGCGUUUUCUGCAGCGAGGGUGAAGGGGAGCCCCUGGCGCUCGGGGACUGCUUCACGGUCAACGUGGGCGGCAGCCGCUUCGUGCUCUCGCAGCAGGCGCUGUCCUGCUUCCCGCACACCCGCCUUGGCAAGCUGGCGGUGGUGGUGGCCUCGUGCCGCCGCCCCGGGGCCCUGACCGCCGUGCCCAGCCCCCUGGAGUUCUGCGAUGAUGCCAACCCCGUGGACAACGAGUACUUCUUCGACCGCAGCUCGCAAGCAUUCCGCUACGUCUUGCACUACUACCGCACCGGCCGCCUGCACGUCAUGGAGCAGCUGUGCGCGCUCUCCUUCCUUCAGGAGAUCCAGUACUGGGGCAUCGACGAGCUCAGCAUCGACUCCUGCUGCAGGGACAGAUACUUCAGAAGAAAGGAGCUGAGUGAAACGUUAGACUUUAAGAAGGACACAGAAGACCAGGAAAGUCAACAUGAGAGUGAACAGGACUUCUCCCAAGGACCUUGUCCCACUGUCCGACAGAAGCUCUGGAACAUCCUGGAGAAACCUGGAUCUUCCACAGCUGCUCGAAUCUUUGGGGUCAUCUCCAUCAUCUUUGUGGUGGUGUCCAUCGUCAACAUGGCCCUGAUGUCAGCUGAAUUAAGCUGGCUGGACCUGCAGCUGCUGGAAAUCCUGGAAUACGUGUGUAUUAGCUGGUUCACCGGGGAGUUUGUCCUGCGCUUCCUGUGCGUGCGGGACAGGUGCCGCUUCCUGAGAAAGGUGCCGAACAUCAUAGACCUCCUAGCCAUCUUGCCCUUCUACAUCACUCUUCUGGUAGAGAGCCUGAGUGGGAGCCAGACGACACAGGAGCUGGAAAAUGUGGGGCGCAUUGUGCAGGUGUUGAGGCUGCUCAGGGCUCUACGCAUGCUAAAGCUGGGCAGACAUUCCACAGGAUUACGCUCCCUCGGGAUGACAAUCACCCAGUGUUACGAAGAAGUCGGCCUACUGCUCCUAUUUCUGUCUGUGGGAAUUUCUAUAUUUUCAACUGUGGAAUAUUUUGCUGAGCAAAGCAUUCCUGACACAACCUUCACAAGUGUCCCUUGUGCAUGGUGGUGGGCCACAACAUCCAUGACCACUGUGGGCUACGGGGACAUUAGACCAGACACCACCACGGGCAAAAUCGUGGCCUUCAUGUGUAUAUUAUCAGGAAUCCUUGUCUUGGCCUUGCCUAUCGCCAUUAUUAACGACCGCUUCUCCGCUUGCUACUUCACCUUAAAGCUGAAGGAAGCAGCCGUCAGACAGCGGGAAGCUCUGAAGAAACUCACCAAGAAUAUAGCCACUGAUUCCUAUAUCAGCGUUAACUUGAGGGAUGUCUAUGCCCGGAGCAUCAUGGAGAUGCUUCGGUUAAAAGGCAGAGAAAGGGCAAGUACUAGGAGCAGUGGGGGCGAUGAUUUCUGGUUUUGAAUUCACUUUCAAUUUAUGUACAAAAGCUUGUGUACAACUAAACCCAACUGAUAAAGUCUUGAUAUGGAUGUCUGUGUACUGUUGAAGAGUCUCUUUUGAGUAUCACCCGUGUUAGUUUUUACUGAUACAUUGCUUGGUCUGCUAGAAUAGUUCACGUUCCCCAAACCAAGUGCACACUGAGUCUCACCACUAGUCAUUUAACACAACCCAAUACAAGGAGGCCAAAUGUUUGAAUCAUCAACUAUAAAAUAAGAGUGCAAUACAAACCAUAAAAUUUAAAGCUUUAGGUAUCACUGAUUUUAGAAGUUCUUUGCAUCACUAAUUUAAGAGAAUGGGAGUUAAACUGCGUAGCCCAGAGCAAAGAUAAGUGAA